AUGGUGAUUGCCUCGUCUUUCUCAUCGAAUUCAGAUUUUUAUGCCUUUCAUCUACAGACAAGCCUCAAAGCCAAGGACCCAUUAACGGGAAAAUCAAUUCAUGCCCAAAUUAUCAAACUAGGCCUCAACUUUAGUGUCUACUUAAUGAACAACCUGAUUAACUUGUAUGCCAAAUCUGGGUAUAUUGUCGAUGCCCGUAGUGUAUUUGACGAAAUGCCGGUGAAGACCACGUUCUCAUGGAAUACGAUUCUCACUGGUUAUGCAAAACUAGGAACAUUAGCUAAAGCCCAUUCUGUGUUUGAUGAAAUACCUGAUCGUGAUUCUGUUUCAUGGACUACAAUGAUUGUGGGUUAUAACCAAAUGGGUCGUUUUGAAAGUGCAAUAAAAAUGUUUGUAGCUAUGAUGAAGGACAAAGUUUUACCUACCCAGUUUACGGUUACUAAUGUAUUUGCUUCUUGUGCUGCUCUUGGGGCUCUAGACAUUGGUAAAAAGAUUCAUUCUUUUGUUAUUAAAUUAGGGCUUAGUGGGUGUGUUCCUGUUGCGAAUUCACUUCUUAAUAUGUAUGCAAAGGCCGGAGAUUCUGUUAUGGCUAAAAUUGUUUUUGAUAGGAUGAGACUAAGGAGCAUUUCAAGUUGGAAUAUUAUGAUUUCCUUGCAUAUGCAUGGUGGUCGAGCUGACCUUGCUCUUGCUCAAUUUGAGCAAAUGAGUGAACGCGAUGUAGUUACUUGGAAUUCAAUGAUUACAGGAUACAGUCAGCAUGGUUUUGAUAAGGAAGCACUAGAACUCUUCUCUAGAAUGUUGGAAGAUUCUUUAGAACCUGAUAGGUUUACCUUGGCGAGUAUUUUAUCAGCUUGUGCCAAUAUUGAGAACUUGAAUCUUGGGAAACAAAUUCAUUCUUAUAUCAUCAGGACAGAGUUUGAUAUAUCUGGUGUGGUGCAAAAUGCUUUGAUCUCAAUGUAUGCAAAGACUGGAGGGGUUGAAAUUGCACAAAGCAUUGUAGAGCAAAGUGGAAUUUCAGAUCUUAAUGUUAUAGCAUUUACAGCUCUAUUAGAUGGUUAUGUUAAGCUUGGAAAUAUAACCCCAGCCAGACAUAUUUUUGACUCAUUGAAAGACAGUGAUGUGGUUGCAUGGACAGCCAUGAUUGUAGGUUAUGUACAGAAUGGCUUGAAUGAUGAUGCCAUGGAGCUUUUUAGAAUAAUGGCUAAAGAAGGACCCCGACCAAACAGUUUUACACUGGCAGCCAUGUUGAGUGUCAGUUCAAACGUGGCUUCUUUGAAUCAUGGCAAACAAAUUCAUGCAAGUGCCAUAAGAUCGGGGGAAAAUUUAUCAGUUUCGGUGGGCAAUGCACUGAUUACGAUGUACGCAAAAGCUGGAAGCAUCACUGAUGCACAGCAGGUAUUUAAUCUCAUACAACGGAACAAGGAUACUGUCUCUUGGACUUCUAUGAUUAUAGCUUUAGGUCAACAUGGUCUUGGACAAGAAUCUAUAGAGCUAUUUGAGAAGAUGUUGGCACUUGGUAUUAAGCCUGACCAUAUAACUUAUGUUGGUGUGCUCUCUGCUUGUACACAUGUAGGAUUGGUAGAGCAGGGUAGGGGGUACUUUAAUUUGAUGACAAGUAUACACAAAAUUGAGCCAACUUUAAGCCACUAUGCGUGCAUGAUUGACCUGUUUGGGCGUGCUGGCUUGCUGCAAGAAGCAUUUAGUUUCAUUGAGAAUAUGCCCAUUGAACCAGAUGUUAUAGCUUGGGGUUCACUGUUAUCUUCUUGUAAGGUUUAUAAAAAUGCUGAUCUGGCAAAAGUUGCAGCAGAGAGAUUGCUUCUUAUUGAGCCUGACAACAGUGGGGCAUACUCUGCGCUUGCUAAUGUCUAUUCAGCUUGUGGAAGAUGGGAAGAUGCUGCUAAAGUUAGAAAGUUAAUGAAGGAUAGAGGAGUAAGGAAAGAGCAAGGAUUUAGUUGGGUUCAGAUCCAGAACAAAGUUCAUGUCUUUCAAGCUGACGAUGGCCUUCACCCUCAGAAACACAAAAUCUACAAAAUGAUGGACAAGAUCUGGAAGGAGAUUAAAAAGAUGGGUUUUGUUCCAGACACUCAAUCUGUGUUGCAUGACCUCGAAAUAGAGGUGAAGGAUCAGAUUCUUAGAUAUCAUAGUGAGAAACUUGCCAUUGCAUUUGGGCUAAUAAGUACACCACAAAACACUACAUUAAGGAUUAUGAAGAAUCUCAGAGUCUGUAAUGAUUGCCAUACAGCCAUCAAAUUUAUCUCCAAGCUUAUGGGAAGAGAAAUAAUUGUAAGAGAUGUUACUCGUUUUCAUCAUUUCAAGGAUGGUUCUUGUUCCUGCCGGGACUAUUGGUAGUUCCUCAACUCCUGCCGUUCCAUUAUGAGCCCAAGCUGUACAAAGACGCAGGUAAUGCUGAUGGCCAGACGAUACGGUGGUAAUUUUGAGAAAUGCAUUAAUGGUGGAAGUUCUAGCACAUUGGACUAACUGCAUUAAACACAUGGAAAUGGUCUAUACCACAGGAAAUUUUUAUUAGGAAUUUGAUGCAUGCAAUCAUAAUCAACCAAAGCAUGAAAACAGCCUCCAUGCCGAGUAAGGGAUACUGUGUACAACGACCCUUUCUGGAUCUUGAAUUGCAGAAAGCCUCGAACUUUAGGGACCUUUUUAAAGCUCCUAGAGAUACUUUAGCAGUCAAAUUUCUCUUUGAAUAUCGUUGAAGGAAAGAUGCAAUAUUUGUUUGAUGAAAGUGGGAGGAGGUAUUUGGAUGCAUUUUCUGGAAUAGGACAGUGUCAUGUGGGCAUAGCCAUCCUGAUGUUUUGAAUGCUACUUCAGAACAAAGCAAGCUUCUUCAGCAUGCUACUACAAUUUAUUUGCAUCAUGCUAUUGCUGAU